UGGGUCUUGCCUGUGUGUGCCUGCUUGCGUGCUUGCGUCUCUUGCGUGUCUCUACCACCACGCCACCGUUCGCGCUGGGCAUGGGAUUCGAUUGGGAUAAACACACCGGGUUUUUCCACCGAAGUCUUCUGAACCCUGGCCUACCCAGGCAGUACACCACGGCAGACACACAAAGGACGACCCUCGCCUACUUUUGCGUGACUGGGCUAGACCUUAUCGGGAAGCUUGAUUCAUGCACGGAGGCCGAAAGGGCGACGGUCAAGCGCUGGGUCUUAGCGCAACAAGUCGCAGGAGGGGACUGGCGACGACGUGGGUUUCGCGGCGGCCCGUUCGGCGUGGUAGCAGAGCCUUCACAGAGAAACGGCGAAGAUGACGCGGGCGAAGGCAAUCUGGCUGCGACCUACUCUGCGCUGGCGACGCUGGUGGCACUAGAUGUUGAUCUGACUACGGGUGUCGACAGUGACGCCAUUGUGCGGGCGCUUGGGUCACUCCAACGGGAGGAUGGAAGCUUCAAAGCUUCCGCAAGCGACUCCACGUGCGACGUCCGCUUCACCUACUGUGCCUGCGCCGUGUCAACCAUCCUGGGCAACUGGAGUGGUGUUGAUCGAAGAAAGGCCGCCGAAUACGUGGAACGGUGCUACGACUUUGAUGGGGGCAUUGGAAUGGCACCAGGGCGUGAGGCAUGCGCGGGCCCGACGUAUUGUGCGGUGGCCUCGCUAAAGCUGUUGGGGGUCCUCGAGAAGCUUCCAAUACCACGCCGACAAGGCAUUUUGGAGUGGUGCGUCAACCGACAGGGUGUCGGGUUCCAGGGCCGACCCAACAAGCCCGAAGACAGCUGCUGCUCGUUCUGGGUGGGAGCCACGCUAGCUCUCUUGGAUGGGCUGGACCUUGUGGACGAUGGUCGAGCCCGGCAAUUUCAUGUAUCUUGUCAAAACCGAAUUUGCGGUGGGUUCGCCAAGGCACCAGGCGUUCCGCCUGACAUGCUUCACAGCUUUUACUCCAUUUCCUGGCUUUCUCUGGCUGGCGAGGCUGGCGUUCAGGAGAUGGACGCCGCUCUAGGUGUCACCAGACGAGCCGCUGGGCGACUAAAACGAGACGCUGCUGAAAGUAGAUAGUAGUGCUAAGGCACUGCGAUCGAGAGAGAAUAAUAACACACCGCCGGCACAUUGAGGAGGACAUUGACUGUGGAUUGCUGUCUUGGGCGUGGUGGGGUUCCUUCUGAGCAGCACCUCUUGCCUGCACUCUUCAUGCCCUAUACUUGCCGGGAGUUUUCCGCGGGUUGUCAGUUGCAAAUUACUACUACAAGGGGAACGGGUGUUCGAAGCGUGUCCUUCCGAGAGAGAGGAUCAUCACUCUACAUUGUAGUUCGCGUCGGAUGUGCUACUUCUCUUGGUUUGUGGUCGUAGUCUAGACUCCAUCCUUUUCCAAGCGCAUAUUAGAGUACAUAAAAGUCUUAUUUUACGGCCAUCUGCCGGGAGGGGAGGGGGGAGUGGCGUGUCCGCGCGUCCAAAUGUGCAUGUCUUUACAUUAACAUACACUGCUGUACAAGGCAAGGAAAUAGCCUUUUUUUCAAUGAUGUGACUUGAUGUGACCUCGUUUGACUGAAUGACCUUAGCCAUAGAAUAACAACCUGCUGCUCAGUGUGAGCGUAAAUGAAUAGAAGUACAAACAAGACUAGCCGUCCGAGAUAUAACCAGAGCAGUCGAAGGGGGUCACAAAAUAAUCAAAUUCGGACCUUU